AGGGUCCUUUUUGUUUUGGAGAAUUCCCACCCAGCUUUGGGUUUCUCUGCCUGAUCUCCGAAUUGGGUCUCCUCAGAAAGUUUGAAGUCGAAAUGGCAAGCCAAGCAGCUGCGGCUUUCAACGGCAAUAUGAAGAAAGCUGUUGCUGGCCUGAGGCGGAUUAAUCUCGACGGGCUGCGGUGGAAAGUGUUUGAUGCCAAAGGCCAGGUUCUUGGAAGGCUAGCUUCUCAGAUAUCAACUGUGAUUCAAGGCAAGGACAAACCGACAUAUGCUCCAAAUCGUGAUGAUGGAGAUAUGUGCAUUGUGCUGAAUGCAAAGGAUAUAUGUGUUACAGGGCGGAAACUAACUGAUAAAGUUUAUCAUUGGCACACGGGGUAUGUUGGGCACCUCAAGGAAAGGACUUUGAAAGAUCAGAUGGUGAAAGACCCCACAGAAGUCAUUCGCAAAGCUGUACUGCGUAUGCUUCCUAAGAACAAAUUACGUGACGAUAGAGAUAGAAAGCUGAGAAUUUUCGCUGGCGGUGAACACCCAUUUGGUGAUAAGCCCCUUGAACCAUAUAUGAUGCCCCCGCGUAAAGUAAGGGGAAUGCGACCCCGUACAAGACGAGCCUUGGUCAGAGCUCAGAUAAAGGCUGGGCAACAAAAGCAGGAUAUUAAUGAUCUACGAAAGGGCAGUAAGAAGAAUAGACAAAGGGUACCUUGAAUGGAGCUAGAUUCAUCAACUAUGUGGAGUAUUUCUAUACCAAUGUUUGAUGAUCUCGACUCCCUUGUCAAAAUUUGAAAUUUUGCUUAGAACUGUUGAAAGUGUAACUGUAUUUGGGAAAUGUUGUGUUAUGUCUUCCAGCAAUAAAUUUUCAGGUAGGUCUCCUGUGUCUGUGAUCGUG